AUGUCUAAGAGCAAGAACGCCGAGUCAGUGAAGGUGGUGGUCCGUUGUCGCCCCAUGAAUGACAAAGAACGGGCAGCCAAGUUUGAGAAAGUGGUCUCUGUUGAUGUCAAACUGGGCCAAAUUAUGGUCAGGAAUCCCAGGGAGGCUUCUGCCAGUGAAUUACCCAAAGUCUUCACUUUUGAUUCAGUCUAUGACUGGAACUCCAAACAAAUAGACCUGUAUGAUGAAACUUUCAGACCCCUGGUUGACUCAGUUCUUCUUGGAUUCAAUGGGACUAUCUUUGCCUAUGGUCAGACAGGUACAGGGAAAACAUACACUAUGGAAGGGGUGAGAAAUGACCCAGAAAGGAGAGGGGUGAUUCCCAACUCGUUUGAGCACAUCUUCACCCACAUUUCACGGUCUCAGAAUCAGCAGUACCUAGUGAGGGCAUCAUAUCUAGAGAUUUACCAAGAGGAGAUCAGAGACUUGCUCUCCAAAGAUCAGUCUCGCCGCCUUGAACUCAGGGAGAGGCCUGACACGGGUGUGUAUGUCAAAGAUCUUUCAUCAUUUGUAACCAAGAGCGUGCGGGAAAUCGAGCAUGUCAUGAAUGUGGGCAACCAGAAUCGUUCAGUGGGCGCAACUAACAUGAAUGAACACAGCUCACGUUCUCAUGCCAUUUUUGUUAUCACCGUUGAAUGCAGUGAGUUAGGUGUGGAUGGUGAGAACCAUAUCAGAGUUGGAAAGCUUAACUUGGUCGAUUUAGCAGGUAGUGAAAGGCAGACCAAAACUGGUGCCCAGGGGGAGAGGCUUAAAGAAGCUACAAAAAUCAAUCUGUCACUUUCUGCUCUGGGGAAUGUUAUAUCAGCUCUGGUGGAUGGCAGGAGCAGUCAUAUUCCCUACCGAGACUCAAAACUCACCCGCCUGCUGCAAGACUCUCUGGGGGGAAAUGCCCGUACUGUAAUGGUUGCCAACAUUGGCCCGGCAUCCUACAAUGUAGAGGAAACCUUGACAACACUGCGCUACUCCAACAGGGCUAAGAACAUCAAAAACAAACCUCGCAUCAAUGAGGACCCCAAGGAUGCCCUGCUUAGGGAGUUCCAGGAGGAGAUUGCAAGGCUGAAGGCACAGCUGCAGAAACGCUCAGGAAGAAAGAAGAAAAGGAGACAGAGGAGGAGGGCAGGGGAAGGGAGUGAUGGAGAAGAUCUGGAAGAAGGAGAAACGGAGGAUGAUGAUGAAGAUGGGGACGACAAGGGGGAAUACUGGCGGGAGCAGCAUGAAAAGCUGGAGAGAGAGAGGAAGGCAAUCAUGGAGGAUCACAGUUUGGUGGCUGAGGAGAAAGUUCGGCUGCUUAAGGAGAAAGAGGAGAAAAUGGAAGACUUGAUGAAAGAGAGGGAGGCAGGAGAGAUGCUUGCAGCCAAAGUCAAGGCAAUGGAGAGUAAACUUCUGGUAGGUGGGAAGAACAUAGUGGACCACACAAAUGAGCAACAGAGAAUGCUGGAGCAGAGGAGGCAAGAAAUUGCUGAACAGAAACGGCGAGAGCGAGAGAUGCAGCAGCAGAUGGACAGUCGUGACGAGGAGACACUAGAGCUGAAGGAGACGUACAGUUCUCUGCAGCAAGAGGUCGACAUCAAAACCAAGAAGCUGAAAAAGCUGUUUGCCAAACUGCAGGCGGUGAAGGCAGAAAUCCACGACAUCCAGGAGGCGCACAUCAACGAGCGCCAGGAGCUGGAACAGACCCAGAACGAGCUGACCAGGGACCUCAAACUCAAGCAUCUGAUCAUUGAGAACUUCAUUCCAUUGGAAGAGAAGAACAAAAUAGUCAAUAGGGCUUACUGUGAUGAGGAGGACGAGUACUGGAAAAUGAAGCCCAUCACGCGUAUAGAGGAUGACCACCAGAUGAUGACCAGGCCUUUGUCUGCUGUUGGAUACCGGCGGCCUCUGUGUCAUCACGCACGCAUGGCUAUAAUGCUGAAGCCUGACAUGAGAUAUAAAGCUGAAAAUAUCCUGAUGCUGGAUAUGGACCAGCCCACUCGGACCACUCACGAGUACCAGGAGCCAGUUAUUGCCCCAAAGGUGGCGGCGGCUCUGGAGGACGCUCUGCGGGAUGAGGAUGAGAUCCAGGUAGACGCCUCGGGUUUUCACAGCAGCUUGGGACCAACUCCUCCUGCCAGUGCCAGUGGCAGUCUAAAGAAACCAAAGUCUGGGCGACCAAGAACAGGCAAGAAGUCGAGCACCCCGACCUCUCCAUUCAGCCCCUCCAGUCCAGGAUCGCCACUUUACCCACAAUCCCGCGGUCUGGUGCCCAAGUGAUAACUUCUUCCACUUACACCAACCAUAAUCGCUCUAGUGCACCUUUCCUUCCACAUUGGGACAUCACCAAUGCUGCUUCAGAGGUUUUAAUUUUAGUAUCACAAACACCACUAUUACCUGCCAUCACAACCUUUUCAUUACGACAAAACUACACUCGCUCGAGUGUCAUUAGUAGAACAAGAGAACAAACAGCCACGCAUGAAGCCCCACCCGACUCAAUCACUGCUGAAAUAAACACUUUCCCUUCUUUGGCUCAAAGCCUUUUAUAUCUUAAAUGUAAUUCACAAUGUUCUUAAUGUACAAAAAAAACGUCCUGAUGGACUGCAGUAUCCACAAUGCACUUCUUCUUAUCCUCCUGAUCUGUGUUGCGUGUUUGGUGUUGUAGUCCUCUCUCGUGCUAAGUAAGAGGCUGUGGUGACGUGAAAACACACAAGUAUCAGCCUGGACGAUGUUUGUUAAUGGGUUUUUUUGUUUGUUUUUUUUUAUGUUGGUGUGUCUCUAUGUUCGUUACUGACUAUUGACCUUUUUUGGCACGCUGUCUUUUUUUACUGUUGUUUUGAUAAUGAUAGGGUGGAGCUUUAAGACCCCUUGUCUGUGUGUUUGUAUGAGAGUAUGUGUAUGUGCUUGUCAUGAACAGCUGAACCUGUAUGAUUGUAAAUGUACAGGCCUGAAAGUAAAGCACACUCAACUCAGCCUCUGUCACAAGUUGCUGUAAUCAGUAGAUGCUGUUCUUCCCGGGGCACGCCACGAGACGAGAGGUUGGGGAACGAUGAGAGAGAGCUCAACACUCGCACCGACACCUGAACAGAGCACACAAGAUUGCAGGAGAUCAGUUGUCUAAACACACCCGGGGGUCACUUCAGCUUCACUUUCCCUUGAACGUGCCCCAGAUUCAUCAGGGUUCCAAGGUGCCUUAACCUGUGUCUGUAAUCUCUGCUACUGUCCACAUUGUUUUCGACCAGUAUUUUGUUGUUUUUUUUUUAAAUUGCGUCAUCUACAGAUUCAUUCCAGCAAUAGCACGAUCCUGACAUUCUCGUCGGAAUCAGUAUACGCUAAGAUAGAGACGCAGAGGAUUUGGACACAGUAUUGAACCUGGGCCACAGGAAGAGAAGGCAGGUGGAGGGUUAUGUAUCCCUCUGUUUUUUUUUUGUUUUGUUUUGUUUUUUACCUCAUCUACCUUGUUAUCGGUCUGAGUGGUCCAUGGAAUGAUCAGUCUAACACACAAAGGGAGUGCUGUGCUCUCUAAAAGUACCGUGGUGCCACAGACCUCAGUGGAAACACUUGAUCUGAACACAUAAACCAUUCCAUUUGAAUGUCUGCAGGUGAACAAUAUGCAGUUUUAACUUCCAUUCAGUUCAGGCUGCUUCUCUGCUGCUCUCCGUUCCCCACACUCUUGAACUGUGAGGGGGGGGUGUGCUGUCCACUCGCUGCUACUGUGGAGGGUUUUUUUUAACCCACUGUGACAUUUCAGAAGGCAUGGGCCCAAUAGCAAUUGAAAUGCUGUGAAAUAAGCAGAGUGCGUCAGAAAUAUUAAUACAUAGGAAAUACAUGAAAGGACUUAAAACAGGAUGUUAUCUGCUGUUUGACCAAUGCCUGCGUACUUUAUGUAUUUAGACAUGAAACAAUGAAUAUAGACUUGUUCAUAGGCAACCCUCAGUCACUUUCGAAAAUGUAAAAAACAAAAUUAAAAAAUGGGUUUCUGUAUUAAAAAAGAAUCUAACUUAUUAUAAUCUUUCAUUUUUAUAUACAGAUGUAGAUAUAAUUUUUAUUCAGUUUUUCUUUAAUAUAGAUUAUUUUAUUUUUUGAGCUUUGUAAUUUAAUGUGUACAUUUAAUUUUUUUUUUUUUUUGGCAUCUUUCAUGUACUAUGUGUCUUUCUUUUUUCUGCAAGGUACUUUUUUUUUUUUUUUUUCCCCCCAUGAAUAGUCAUUGCAUUCUGCACUCAAGAUAAAAAGUUGGAUUGCACAUUGAGUUUCGGGGAAGCGCAGACUGAUAGUAAAUAAGAUUCACACAUAUUCACUGUAUAUUUUAACAUCAUAGAGGCAAACUUAAUCUUUAGAAUAAGGAGUGAUUGUUGUAACUAACAUUGCUAUGCUGUAUACCCACUGCAUGAUUUUAACCAGCUUUGAAGAAUAUUUUUCGGUUGCUCUUGUUGAGAAAAACCCUCAAUCAUAAGACAUCACCAAAAUGAGCACGUCUUAAUUAAAUCGGAAUACCUUUUGCAUCUGUAUCCCAUCGCUGCAGUACAUCACCGAGGCCCAAACUCCAUGACUUUUGUGACCAACUUUUAUGUGCGGUUAUUGUUUUUGUAGCCAAAUGACAGUGGAUAUCUGUCUGUGACUGGCUGUGUCUUUUACUUGUUUAGUUUCUUUUGAUUAUUAAAGACAAUUCUGUGAUUAUAAAACAUGUGUGGACUCCUUAGACUGUUUUGUAUAAUGGACUUUAUUAACAGCAGUCAAUAAUACAGCUCUACUUUAAAAACAAGCUAAUCACUCACUCAAACAUGAUGUUAAGUGCAAAAAAAUACAUCAUGAUCAUAUACAUUCAGCAAAGAAUCACAACAACAACCACACAUAGAUGGAACUCAGAUAAAGGAAUGGUACGUACAGUACUCAAAAGGUAGAUUGAGCAGAAGUAGAACGGCCAAACAAUGAAGUACAUUUCGUUCACAGCGGGAUUUACAAGGGCUGUGAUUUUUUUUCUUGGGCUUCUACAUGAUCUGCUUCAGAUUCAUUCAUUCUCAGUUUUAGCUUUAUUGCUGAUGCAAACAAUGCAGCAAUCGAGCUACCGGUGUAAAUAACACCCUUUCAAAAUCAGAGAAAUUUAAGGCUUUAAAUGUAAUAUUUGUUACAUAAUCUGAAAUAAUACAAUGAGUGUUUCUGUGAUAGCAGAGCUUUUUUUUUCAGUGACAAAACCCGAACAUCAGCUUUUUUCCUUGAUCAAAUGAAGGAUGUAUAUUGAUCUGCUGUGUGAAAGAGACUGAGAGGUUAUCCAUGCAAGAAAAGUUUGGCACCAAAGGGAGCAGAAAGUUUGGUACAAAAGCAAAAAUUCCAAAGGAAUAACGUCCCGUCUAACUAGAAACUACAACAAAAAGAAAAAACAUCAUUUGUAAGAUACUUCUAGGUAGUAUCUUGAUUUUUUUAUGACCCACAACACAAAACAUAACUUUGCAUGUACACACCACUUCAAGUCUUUAAAAAAAAGGAGAAAAGAAUUACAAGAACAAAAAUUACAAGAGCACAAUGAGAGAAAAUCUGCACACAGUCUUCAGAAAGUUUAAUUACGUGUUUGUAUCAUGCUGGUUUAUUCAUGUAAAGUGUAAUAUUAGUACGUAUGUGACCCUUUAUGGUUGUUCUCCUUUGGGUAAGAGAUUCUGAAGGGAUGUAAAA